ACGGCGUCCGAGCAAGGCCGAAAGGGCCGCUCCGCCGGCGGUUCGCGUUUCUCGUGUCUGCUUGACUGACAGCUGCUCCGCGGAGCGGCGGCGCGCGCAGCUGGGUGGCUGUGGUGUCCUGGGUGUUGGCAUCUGGUUGGCUGCCACACAGGGAAACUUUGCCACCCUGUCAUCCUCAUUUCCAUCUUUGUCGGCUGCCAAUCUACUCAUCGUCACUGGCACCUUCGUUAUGGCCAUCGGCUUCGUGGGCUGCAUUGGGGCCCUCAAGGAGAACAAGUGCCUACUGCUCACCUUCUUUGUGCUGCUGCUGCUGGUAUUCCUGCUGGAAGCCACCAUUGCUGUGCUCUUCUUUGCCUACAGUGACAAGAUUGACAGUUAUGCCCAGCAAGACCUGAAGAAGGGCCUGCAUCUGUAUGGCACACAGGGCAAUGUGGGCCUCACCAACGCCUGGAGCAUCAUCCAGACUGAUUUCCGUUGCUGUGGAGUCUCCAAUUAUACUGAUUGGUUUGAGGUAUACAACGCCACUCGUGUGCCUGACUCCUGCUGCCUGGAGUUCAGUGACAGCUGUGGGUUACACGCACCUGGUACCUGGUGGAAAUCGCCCUGUUAUGAGACAGUGAAGGCCUGGCUCCAGGAGAACCUGCUAGCUGUGGGCAUCUUUGGACUGUGCACGGCGCUGGUGCAGAUUCUGGGCCUCACCUUCGCCAUGACCAUGUACUGCCAGGUGGUAAAGGCGGACACUUACUGCGCAUAGGUCUCUCAGCUUCUGCUUCUCUGCCAAAGGACCCGCCCAUGGGGAGACAUCCACACCCACUUCCCAUGCAGGACUUGGUGCUCUGCUGAAUGCAGGGGAAGAGCUUGAGGCCAGAGCACCCAGGAUCCACCCCUGUACCUAAGGCCUCUGCUUGGGUGGCUGCAGUCACCAGAUUAUAGGGUUGGUGCCAACCAAGCAUGGCACCCAGGGCUAAAGGCCCAGGGAACUUUGACAGUUUUUAUAUCCAUAUAUCUUCCAGUAUUCACACAGGAUAGGGUCCCCAACCCUGCAUGGAUGCCAGGUUGGAGGCAGGCCCAGUCUGCUCAAGGCCCACGAUGGUCCUGGUGCUCCAGGCCAGACCAGGUCCCAUGAUUCACAUUCCAUGAUGGUGUCGUGGUCCCGGGUGCAUCUUAAUAAAGCGUGUGAGCAGCCCCUGUGACUAGCUGGACACACAAAAGUUAUACAGCCACA